AUGACGCUUCUACGAAUACUCCUUUCGCAGCGCCGUCUAUUUCAACCCCAAGGAUUGAAAAACCGUCCACUGCGCGUCGCCGCCUCCAUUAUCCUCACCACCUCCGCAUUGCUUUUGUGUCUGCAUGUGCUGUCCCAGUCAACGCAGCACAGUGCAGAAUCAACCUUCGCCUUACCGUCUGCUGAAAAAGGCAGGGAAGCAGUCUGCACAAGCGACUGCAUCGACGUGGUGAAAUACGACAGUUUUCCACGCCUGCUCUCCUUCGAGGAUAUGGCUGAGAUCGAGAAUCAAUUCUGGCGUCUGCCUGUGGACAAGCAAGUUUACAAG